CUGGUUUCGCCCCUCAGGCCGCUCCAGUCUGCAGAAGAGGGUGAUGGCUCUGCUCCGGAGGAUAGAGUACCCCACCCCAGGGAACAUCGAGGCCUGGGAGGACACCCACACCAAGUGGGACCAGGUCACCAAGCAGAUCCUCAACUUCCCCAAGAACAAGGCGGAGGACGGACAGGAGUGGAUCAACAUGACGGGCUUCCUGUGCGCGCUGGGCGGCGUGUGCCUGACGCAGCGCGGCACGCCGGGCCCGGCCACCUACAGCCCGCCCAUGGGCCCCAUGAGCGAGCGCAAACACUCCAUGAUCUCCUUCGGGCCCUGCGACGCGUCCAACCCGGCCGCCGCCGCCUCCUCCUGCUCGUCCUCGGCCUUCAGCGAGACGCCCGUCAGCCGCUUCCUGGACCGGCUGCUGGUGCUGCUGGUGUGCGGACACGACCGGGUCGGGCUGCACGUCCGCACCAACGUGAAGGACCUGCUGGGCCUGGAGCUCAGCCCGGCGCUCUACCCCAUGCUCUUCAACAAGCUGAGGAACAGCAUCGGGAAGUUCUUCGACACGCAGGGACCGGUGCCCAUCAACGACACCAACACCCAGUUUGUGGAGCAGACCAUCGCCAUCAUGAAGAACCUUCUGGACAACCACACCGACGGCAGCUCUGAGCAUCUGGGCCAGGCCAGCAUCGAGACCAUGAUGCUCAACCUGGUCAGGUAUGUGCGUAUCCUUGGCAACGCGGUCCACGCCAUCCAGAUCAAGACGAAGCUGUGCCAGCUGGUGGAGGUGAUGAUGGCGCGACGGGACGACCUGUCCUUCUGCCAGGAGAUGAAGUUCAGGAACAAGAUGGUGGAGUAUCUGACCGACUGGGUGAUGGGGACCUCCAACCAGGCGGCGGACGACGAUAUCAAGUGUCUGACGAGGGACCUGGACCAGGCCAGCAUGGAGGCGGUGGUCUCCCUGUUAGCCGGCCUGCCCCUGCAGCCGGAGGAGGGAGACGGGGUCGAGCUCAUGGAGGCCAAAUCUCAGCUCUUCCUCAAGUACUUCACCCUGUUCAUGAACCUGCUGAACGACUGCAGCGAGGUGGAGGACGAGGGCCAGGCGGUGGGCGGGCGCAAGAGGGGCAUGUCCCGCCGCCUGGCCUCGCUGCGCCACUGCACCGUGCUCGCCAUGUCCAACCUGCUCAACGCCAACGUGGACAGCGGCCUCAUGCACUCCAUCGGUCUGGGCUACCACAAGGACCUGCAGACGCGGGCCACCUUCAUGGAGGUGCUGACUAAGAUCCUGCAGCAGGGCACCGAGUUCGACACGCUGGCCGAGACGGUGCUGGCCGACCGCUUCGAGCGGCUGGUGGAGCUGGUGACCAUGAUGGGCGACCAGGGCGAGCUGCCCAUCGCCAUGGCGCUGGCCAGCGUUCUACCUGUGUCUUUGUGGUGCCUCCAGGACGAGCUGGCCCGGGUCCUGGUGACGCUGUUCGACUCGCGGCACCUCCUCUACCAGCUGCUGUGGAACAUGUUCUCCAAGGAGGUGGAGCUGGCCGACUCCAUGCAGACGCUGUUCAGAGGGAACAGCCUGGCCAGCAAGAUAAUGACCUUCUGCUUCAAGGUGUACGGGGCGACGUACCUGCAGAAGCUGCUUGAGCCGUUAUUAAGAGGCGUAAUCACGACCCCCGAGCACAUCAGCUUCGAGGUGGACCCCACCAGGCUGGAACCCGGGGAGAACCUGGAGGAGAACCAGAGGAACCUGCUGCAGAUCACGGAGCGCUUCUUCCAGGCCAUCAUCGGCUCGUCCAGCGAGUUCCCCCCCCAGCUCCGCAGCGUCUGCCACUGCCUCUACCAGGCUACUUGCCACUCUCUACUGAAUAAAGCAACAGUAAAAGAAAAAAAGGAAAACAAAAAAGCAGUAGUGAUUCAGCGGUUCCCUCAGAACAGCAUUGGCGCCGUGGGCAGCGCCAUGUUCCUUCGCUUUGUGAACCCGGCCAUCGUGUCUCCCUACGAGGCUGGAAUCCUGGAGAAGAAGCCCCUCCCCCGAAUAGAGAGGGGCCUCAAGCUCAUGUCCAAGAUUCUGCAGAGCAUCGCGAACCACGUCCUGUUCACCAAAGAGGAACACAUGAGGCCCUUCAACGACUUCGUCUUGAGCAACUUUGACUCGGCCAGAAGGUUCUUCUUGGACAUCGCCUCCGACUCGCCCCCCAGCGACUCCAUCAACCACAGCCUGUCCUUCAUCAGCGACGGCAACGUGCUGGCCCUCCACCGGCUGCUGUGGAACAACCAGGAGCGGAUCGGCCAGUACCUGUCCAGCAACCGGGACCACAAGGCCGUGGGCCGGAGGCCCUUUGACAAGAUGGCCACCCUGCUGGCCUACCUGGGGCCCCCGGAGCACAAGCCGGUGGCGGACACGCACUGGUCCAGCCUCAACCUCACCAGCUCCAAGUUCGAGGAGUUCAUGACCAGGCACCAGGUCCACGAGAAGGAGGAGUUCAAGGCCUUAAAGACCCUCAACAUCUUCUACCAGGCAGGAACCUCCAAGACCGGCAACCCUGUGUUCUACUACGUGGCCCGCAGGUUCAAGACGGGCCAGAUCAACGGGGACCUGCUCAUCUACCACGUCCUCCUCACGCUCAAGCCCUACUACGCCAAGCCCUAUGAGAUCGUGGUGGACCUCACGCACGUGGGGCCCAGCAACCGCUUCAAGACCGACUUCCUGUCCAAGUGGUUCGUGGUGUUCCCCGGCUUCGCCUACGAGAACGUGGCGGCCGUCUUCGUCUACAACUGCAACACCUGGGUGAGGGAGUACACCAAGUACCACGAGCGGCUGCUGACGGGCCUGAAGGGCAGCAAGCGGCUCCAGUUCAUCGACUCUCCGGCGAAGCUGGCCGAGCACAUCGAGCCGGACCAGCAGAAGCUGCCGGCGGCCACGCUGACCCUGGAGGAGGACCUGAAGGUGUUCCACAACGCCCUGAAGCUGGCCCACAAGGACACCAAGGUGUCCAUCAAGGUGGGCUCGACCGCGGUUCAGGUGACGUCGGCCGAGCGGACCCGCGUGCUGGGCCAGCCCGUGUUCCUCAACGACGUCUACUACGCCUCGGAGAUCGAGGAGAUCUGCCUGGUGGACGAGAGCCAGUUCACCCUCACCAUGGCCAACCAGGGCACGCCGCUCACCUUCAUGCACCAGGAGUGCGACGCCAUCGUGCAGUCCAUCAUCCACAUCCGGACGCGCUGGGAGCUGUCGCAGCCCGACUCCAUCCCGCAGCACACCAAGAUCCGACCCAAAGACGUGCCGGGCACGCUGCUCAACAUCGCCCUGCUGAACCUGGGGAGCUCUGACCCCAGCCUCAGGUCGGCGGCGUACAAUCUGCUGUGUGCGUUGACCUGCACCUUCAACCUGAAGAUCGAGGGCCAGCUGCUGGAGACGUCGGGCCUCUGCAUCCCGGCCAACAACACGCUGUUCAUCGUCUCCAUCAGCAAGACGCUGGCCGCCAACGAGCCACAUCUCACGCUGGAGUUCCUGGAGGAGUGCAUCUCGGGCUUCAGCAAGUCCAGCAUCGAGCUGAAACACCUGUGUCUGGAGUACAUGACGCCGUGGCUGCUGAACCUCGUCCGCUUCUGUAAGCACAACGACGACGCCAAGCGGCAGCGCGUCACGGCCAUCUUGGACAAGCUCAUCACCAUGACGAUCAACGAGAAGCAGAUGUACCCCUCCAUCCAGGCCAAGAUCUGGGGCAGCCUGGGCCAGAUCACCGACCUGCUGGACGUGGUGCUGGACAGCUUCAUCAAGACCAGCGCCACCGGAGGACUGGGCUCCAUCAAGGCCGAGGUCAUGGCGGACACCGCGGUGGCUCUGGCCUCGGGGAACGUCAAGCUGGUCUCCAGCAAGGUGAUUGGCCGGAUGUGUAAGAUCAUCGACAAGACGUGCCUGUCCCCGACGCCCACGCUGGAGCAGCACCUGAUGUGGGACGACAUCGCCAUCCUGGCGCGCUACAUGCUGAUGCUGUCCUUCAACAACUCUCUGGACGUGGCGGCUCACCUGCCGUACCUGUUCCACGUGGUCACGCUGCUGGUGGCCACCGGGCCGCUGUCGCUGCGCGCCUCCACCCACGGCCUGGUCAUCAACAUCAUCCACUCGCUGUGCACCUGCUCGCAGCUCAACUUCAGCGAGGAGACGAAGCAGGUCCUGCGUCUGAGCCUCACUGAGUUCUCGCUCCCUAAGUUCUACCUGCUGUUCGGGAUCAGCAAGGUGAAGUCUGCGGCCGUCAUCGCGUUCCGCUCCAGCUACCGCGACCGCUCCUUCUCGCCCGGCUCCUACGAGAGGGAGACCUUCGCCCUGUCGUCGCUGGAGACCGUCACCGAGGCGCUGCUGGAGAUCAUGGAGGCCUGUAUGAGGGACAUCCCGGCCUGCAAGUGGUUGGACCAAUGGACGGAGCUCGCUCAGAAGUUUGCCUUCCAGUACAACCCCUCCCUGCAGCCGCGGGCCCUGGUGGUGUUCGGCUGCAUCAGUAAGCGAGUGAGUCACAGUCAGAUCAAGCAGAUCAUCCGGAUCCUGAGCAAGGCCAGCCCCCUGCUGAGCAUCGACCGGGGUCUGGAGAGCUGCCUGAAGGGUCCGGACAACUACAACAGCCAGGUGCUGAUCGAGGCCACGGUCAUCGCCCUGACCAAGCUGCAGCCGCUGCUGAGCAAGGAGUCCCCGAUGCACAGGGCUCUCUUCUGGGUGGCCGUGGCCGUCCUCCAGCUGGAUGAGGUGAAUCUCUACUCAGCCGGAACCGCCUUGAUGGAGCAGAACCUCCACACACUGGACUCCAUGAGGGUGUUCAACGACAAGAGCCCGGAGGAGGUGUUCAUGGAGAUCCGGCGUCCUCUGGAGUGGCACUGUAAGCAGAUGGAUCACUUCGUGGGACUCAACUUCAGCGCCAACUUCAACUUCGCUCUGGUGGGACACCUCCUGAAAGGCUACAGACACCCGUCUGCCACCACGGUGGCGAGGACGGUGAGGAUCCUUCACACGCUGCUGACGCUCAUCAGUAAACACCUGAAGAGCGACAAGAUGGAGGUCAACACCCAGAGCGUGGCCUACCUGGCAGCGCUGCUCACCGUCUCUGAGGAGGUCCGGAGUCGCUGCAGCCUCAAACACAGGAAGUCCCUCCUGAUCUCAAACCUGGACCCGGUCCCCAUGGACACGUACUCCAGUCACAUCCUGGACCCCAGCUGCAGGACCCUGAGGGAGACCCAGCCCUGGACGUCCCCCCAGGUGUCGGAGCGCUACCUGUCGGCGCACCACUACCCGGCGGUGGGCCAGAUCAGCCCCCGGACCCGCAAGUCCAUGAGCCUGGACAUGGGCCAGCCCUCGCAGGCCAACACCAAGAAGCUCCUGGGAACCCGAAAGAGCUUCGACCACCUCAUCUCGGACUCCAAGGCGCCCAAGAGACCGGAGAUGGAGUCGGGCAUGACCACGCCCCCCAAGAUGAGGCGCGUGGCGGAGAGCGACUACGAGAUCGAGACGCAGCGGAUCGGGAACUCUCACCUGCGGAAGGUCUCCGUGUCCGAGUCCAACGUCCUGCUGGACGAGGAGGUCUUGACGGACCCCAAGAUCCAGGCCCUGCUGCUCACCGUGCUGGCCACGCAGGUGAAGUACACCACGGACGACUUCGACCAGAGGAUCCUGUACGAGUACCUGGCCGAGGCCAGCGUGGUCUUCCCCAAGGUGUUCCCCGUCGUCCACAACCUGCUGGACUCUAAGAUCAACACGGUGCUGUCCAUGUGUCAGGACACCAACCUGCUGAACCCGGUCCACGGCAUCGUGCAGAGCGUGGUCUACCACGAGGAGUCGCCCCCCCAGUACCAGCCCUCCUACCUGCAGAGCUUUGGCUUCAAUGGUCUCUGGAGGUUCGCUGGUCCCUUCUCUAAGCAAACCCAGAAGUACACAAAUCCGGAGCCCCGAGCCGCGAGGCUCCUUCGUGUGGUCCAUAUAUCGAUCAUGCGGCUGCUGCUCUGGUGCGUGUGCGCGGCGGCUCUGCGCGCGGCCCGGGAGGAGGGCGGCCCGCGGCCCGGGAGGAGGGCGGCCCGCGGCCCGGGAGGGGGACGCUCGGCCCCGGGGGAGCGGAGCGGGGAGCCGGGGGGCAGCUCCGCGGCGGGAGGGAGCCUCCGAGCGGGUGAGAACCACCGGACCACCGGGGAGCUCUACCGGGGCCCAGCGGACCCUCAGCGCGUGAUGCGUUCACGUGCUGGGGCGCUGUUGUGUCGGCUGGACGCUGUCGCCCAGAACCGGGCGCUGCACCACACGUGA